AACUCUCUCAGCCGCUCAUAAGUAGAUGAGGAGAGGGAAGAGGGAGUAGCUGGUGUUGACGCUGGCCGGAUGGUUAAAUCUAACCUACAGACGAUUUUGAAUAGUCAUUGUUUUGUAAGAGAAAAAGAGAGAAAUUUAACCAAGAUGCCUGUCAUCGAGCAAUCGAGUAAUAAAACUGAAAAUGGGAGUAUCUCCAGUCCCAGGAGGUGCUCCCGCUGUUGCAGUAACCCGUGUCCGGGGCCUCUGUGGUGUUCCGAUGCCCCUCACCCACCCCUAAAGAUCCCAGGUGGGCGAGGGAAUGAUCAGCGGGAUCGCAAUCUUUCAGCUAAGCUAUACUAUUCUGAUGCUCAGUUGCUGGUUCUUGAAGAGCCUCCACCUGCCAACGGCAGGGUACGUUUUUUGCUCUUUGAGCCUCGUCGCCCCGAAGGCAAGCACUGUGUCUGGAGGGCAGCGCUGAAAGGAGGAAACCUUUAUGUUGAAAUCCCUCCUGGAGCCUUGCCCGAGGGCAGCAAAGACAGUUUUGCCCUCCUGCUGGAGUUUGCAGAAGAGCAACUGCAGGUUGAUCAUGUGUUCAUUUGCUUUCACAAGAGCCGUGACGAUAGAGCAUCCCUACUGCGGACAUUCAGUUUCCUGGGCUUUGAGAUUGUGAGACCGGGUCAUUCCCUCGUCCCCUCCCGCCCUGACGCUUUCUUCAUGGCUUACAGCAUCGAGCGAGACUCUUCCGCUGACGAUUAAAUAACUAUGAGCAGUUACAAAUGUUCACAUCAGUCUUUUUUCUGUUUGAAAAUAAAUAAUAUUCAAGUUUCAGUUUGGUUGAGGUUUCCUGUAAGAGGUUUGUUUUUCGUUUAACUUCACCUACCACGUGCUGUGUUUCAUGAUUUGCACUAGGGUAAAAUGUUAAUAUACCAGGAAUGUAAAGCAAGUGCCCAUUUAAUAGCUGGGCUCUCUGUCCUCACCACUGUAUUUCCUUUCAUUAAGUGUAGCCCUAGUUUCCUGCCAGUCCCCACGCACCUGAUCAAGUCGACAGUGUAAUAUUUAUAAUAGAUUUUAAAUUCAUCUUACUCUUGUAAGUAGAUGUUUUCUUAGUUGUCAUUUGGUUUAAGGUUUUGAUUAUUUUUUUUAAUGUGCAUGAUUUUCAUUUGUUUUAAUUCACUUUAAAAUCUGCAUGUUGUAACUGUACUUAAUAAAAUUAUCCACCUACA